UUGGUUUGUGCCGCAUCCGCUACUGGUCCGACCUGUCGCUGCAUAUUCGGCGGAGAAGCCCCGGGGGUGACCACGUCGCUUGGGCUGGGUGGGUGUGCCACCUGACCCAGAUGCGUUAAGAGCCCUUUCCCCGGCCACACAGCGCAGACAUUUUCCGAGGAAGCGACAGAGCGGACAAACACACAAGCGCAGAAACAUGGCCCAACCCAAACUGGACGGAAUCAUUAAAGACAUCGUAUUGGUGUUCAACGCCUACUCUUCCGAGUCUGACGACGCGACCACGCUCAGCAAAGAGGAGCUUGGGGAAUUAAUGCGCUCUGAGCUUCCUGGAUUCCUGAAUCAGCUCGAACCGGGGAUGCUGGACCAGUUGAUGCAGGACCUCGACACGGACGAGGACGGCCAAGUGAACUUCCAGGAGUUCAUGUCCUUGUUGAGCAUCAUCACCAUCCAGUGCGACGAGGAAUACAUGAAGCUCAAGCAGAAGAAGAAGGGGGGGCGAUCCUGAGAAUUCGCGUGCCCAAGAGCGCGACCCAUGCCCCGUGCUCCCCCCCCGUGCCCCCCCUCACCUGUUCAGGCGCAUGCUGUGUUCAUGGUUACACAGGGGUUUGGGUUAUGUUGUCAUUUGUUGUUGCAAUAAUCAUGUCUACUGCACGCACGACACGUGGUUGUUUUAAUCUUAUAUUUGGUUAGUGAUCUGCAAAGAGUUCGCACUCUACAGAAAUUGUGCAAUCCAUACGGCUACGUGUUUCAAUGUCGGGGUAAUUAACAACUGGGCGGUGUUCGUCUUACAUUUGGCAUAAUUGUUACGUUAAAGAUAUCCUCACGUGUGUAUCCUUCGGCGUCACGUGCUCACCCAGACGUCGUCACGAUGGCUGAUGCGGUUCGACCACAGGCAUUCGACGACCCUCGUGAUUCAAUGUACUCAGGCACUCCUCUACUUACGAACGAGUUAGGUACCAGAGGUCUGUUCGUAAGUUGUAUUGUUCGCAAGUCCAACUUUGCUCCUGUCGAUUCAAAACACGUUAGACAGGAUGUACACUAAACGCGGGGAAUGGUUUUAAAAGUUGUAUAAUCUCCUGUAGACGUAGAUGCCACUGGUUCUUCAUGUUCUGCAGAUGCCACCAUCGCCAUCUAUUGCGUGGCGGUUGAACUUACGGCUCUCGUUAUCUCUGAAAGUUCGUAAGUCGAAUGUUCCUAAGCAGAGGAGUCCCUGUAUUGUCGUUUUUGCACUGAUUACAUCGCUUAACAACA